AACCGUUCUUCACCUCGAAGACUUCUCUUGCAUGGCGGUUCUUGGUAGGGGCCACUUUGGAAAGGUCCUUCUCGCCCGUCACAAGGCCACCCAGAAGCUCUUCGCCAUCAAGGCUCUGAAGAAGCAAGAGAUCAUUAGCCGGGAUGAUCUGGACAGCUUGUAUUGUGAGAAACGUAUUUUUGAAGUCAUCAACCCUUCCGGUCAUCCUUUCCUGGUCAACAUGUUUGCCUGUUUCCAGACUUCGAGUCACGUAUGUUUCCUGAUGGAUUACGCUCCCGGCGGGGACCUCAUGAGGCACAUCAGCUUCAACAAUUUCUCUGAAGAUACCGCUCGGUUCUGCUCUGCCUGUGUGGUCUUAGGACUUCAGUUCUUACAUGAAAAGACCAUCAUUUACAGAGAUUUGAAAAUGGAUAACUUGCUUCUAGACGCCGAAGGAUUUGUGAAGAUCGGGGACUUUGGGCUUUGCAAGGAAGGUGUAGGUUAUGGAGACCGGACAAGCACUUUCUGUGGCACCCCAGAAUUCCUGGCUCCGGAAAUUUUGACGGAUCCAUCCUACACCCGGGCAGUGGACUGGUGGGGGCUCGGUGUGCUUAUUUUUGAGAUGCUGGUGGGAGAGUCUCCUUUCCCCGGGGACAACGAAGAGGAGAUGUUCGAUAGCAUCAUCAGCGAAGAAGUGCGUUUCCCGCGAUUCCUCUCCGAGCUCAGCACUUCGCUUAUGCACAAGCUUCUCCAAAAGUGUCCCGAGCGACGUCUCGGAGCAGGAGCGAAAGACGCCGAGGAGAUUAAAAUUCAUCCUUUUUUCAAGGUACGAAGGUCCGUCCGCCUCGGCCUUCCGAUAAUUCCCCUUUUCUUGCGUUUCCGAUCUCUUGAACCAACACUUCAGCUGAGCCCCCAAAGGGAGUCAGAAGUGCCUCCAAAGUAUUCCCAGUUUCCCCUCGAGGGAUCAGCCCACCUUCUCAUCCCCGCUGUCGCUCUCAACGUAGCCUGGGUUCAUGAGUGA